CAACAGUCGCUUAGGGCUUUAGCAGCGUUGCAACUUUUUGGCGCCAACUGGCAUUCCGUGUACAAGACGUUUUCUAAUCCGGUUCUGUGACAAUUACGUUGAGAAAUCAUGCCGCCAAGGAAAGCAACAAAACGGUCUGCUGAAAGUUCUACGAAAGGCCCAAAGGAGCCGAAGCUGAUUAAGAGAAAACAAAUUAUAAAACCGAGUUUACGUCAGUCCUCGACGGGUGGAGUGUUAUUGGUGUUUGGACAAGGCGAUGUGGGACAGCUUGGUUUAGGAGACGAGGUGGUGGAGAAAAUACGACCGGCAGCUGUUCCUGGAUACCAGGAUAUCGUGGCCAUAGCAGCCGGUGGCAUGCAUAACGUGUGCCUGAGGGAAACAGGAGAGAUAUUAACGUUUGGCUGCAACGACGAAGGGGCGUUAGGACGUGAUACUUCAGUAGAUGGUUCGGAAACCAAACCGGCUACCGUCAGUCUGCCUGGCAAGGUCGUUCAGGUGACGGCUGGAGACUCCCAUAGCGCCGCUCUCUUGGAGGACGGAAGAGUCUUUGCAUGGGGCUCCUUCAGGGAUUCACACGGUACUAUGGGUUUGACGUUGAAAGGGAACGAACGGUUCCCGAUAGAGAUACUGCCUAAUGUAAAGAUAAUCAAAAUAGCGUCCGGUGCAGAUCACUUAGUGUUACUUAACGAGAAUGGGCACGUUUACACGUGUGGAUGCGGAGAACAAGGUCAGUUAGGACGAGUGGCAGCUAGGGCUGCUAAUAGAAAUACCCGUCAUGGUAUGGGUCCAUUGUUAUCCCCGGGUCUAGUCGAAUUCAAAAUUACAAAGAAGUUAGAAUUUGGUGAUAUCUGGGCUGGAACUUAUUGUACAUUUGCUAAGGAAUAUCACACAGGAGAUAUAUACGUGUUUGGUUUAAAUAAUUAUUAUCAAAUUGGUUUAAAGGACCCCGUGACUCAGUUUCAUCCUCGAAUAUCAAAAACGUUUAGUGGAAAAAUUUGGAGACACAUCAGUAGCGGACAGCAUCAUACUAUCGCCUUAGAUGAUUCUGGCAAAGUGUUCGUUUUGGGUCGUAAAGAAUACGGCCGUCUCGGGCUUGGAUCUAAUUGCUUAGAUGCGAAAGAAUUGACAGCAGUUCCGGUCUUGAGUUCGUUCAAAUGCGUCGACGUCGCGGCCGGAAGUGCUCAAUCUUUCGCUGUUACCGAAUCUGGAAGUCUAUAUUCGUGGGGCAUGGGAUCAAGUGGACAACUGGGUACGGGAGAGGAAGAAGAUGUCGAAGAGCCUGUGUUAGUAAAAGGUAAACAACUGGAAGGAAAGACAAUAAUACGGGUGGCGGGCGGAGGACAACAUACGUUAGCAUUAGCGACAACCCAUCCGGUAAAAGAAGAAACUGCUGGUUAAUGAAACGAUUCAUUAAAAUUAAAGUGUCUCUAUGUGAUAGAAAUUUGGACAACGAAAGAAAUCAAUUCGACCUUAAAUUCUCCUUGCACAAAAACUUCCAUCGAAAGGAGAAAGUGUAAUUAAAGAUAUUUUUCAUGAUGUACUGUAAUUUUGAGAUUCAUACAAGAUAAUUAAAUCUGUACAUAAUUUGUUGUGCAACCAAAAAUGACACCAUUGUGCUUGUAAUGAUUAAUAUAUUAAUAAACAUUUUUCUACAUGUGAAUUAUAUAUUUUCUACAAAAAUCAUUUCGUUGCUUCAUUCGUAUCGAUC